AUGGAAGACGCCAUUAUAUUUCGUAUGAGCGCCUUUUCCGAGCAAGGAGGGAGGAAAUACAUGGAGGAUGUUGUCGAGAUAAGAGUCGAGUACGAGCCGACGUCUGUGGCUAGCGACGACUACACAAAGUCCCACGAAGACGGGGCGGAGAGCGACUCUUCCAAAGCGGGCACCGAAAGCGAGCUCCGGGCUCCGAAUGCGCCUACAAAGACUGGCCCGGUUUCGGCUGUGUGGCUCGAGAGCCUGGACGGCGAAGACACCGGCGACCGCAGCGGCAGCGCGCCGCUAUCGGACCAGAAAGUCGACACUCGGAGGUCCGUGGCGUUUUUCGCCGUCUUCGACGGCCACGGAGGCCGGGAAGCGGCUUAUUUCGCCAGGGAACAUUUGUGGGAUUUAUUAAAGCGACAAAGGGGCUUUUGGUCCAAGGAUCACUCGGAAGUAUGCGCUGCCCUUCGGAGAGGAUUCAUCGCCUGCCACCAUGCAAUGUGGAAACAACUACCAGAGUGGCCUAAAACCAUAACAGGGCUGCCCAGUACAUCCGGCACAACGGCGAGUGUGAUAGUCAUACGCGGAGUUCACAUGUACGUCGCUCACGUGGGCGAUUCGGCAGUAGUGGUUGGAGUGAAGGAAAACGAAUCCAGUAUCACACUUCAAGCGCUCGAAGUCACGCAAGAUCAUAAACCCGAGCUUCCGAAAGAGAAGGAACGGAUCGAGCGACUGGGUGGUAGCGUAAUGAAGAAAUCUGGGGUGAACCGCGUCGUGUGGAAGAGACCCCGACUUACCCACAACGGGCCAGUGAGGAGGAGCACAGUCAUUGACCAGAUCCCUUUCCUGGCAGUGGCGCGAUCGCUUGGUGACUUAUGGAGCUACGACUUCUACAGCGGAGAGUUUGUGGUGUCGCCGGAGCCCGAUACCACCGUGAUGACCCUCGACCCCAAACGACAUCGCUACAUUAUCCUCGGUAGUGACGGUCUGUGGAACAUGAUGCCCCCAAAGGACGCAGUCAAUAUGUGCUACAGCCAUGACAAAAUGGUGGGACCGAAAGGAAUGUCCUGUGCCUGUCGGUUAGGAUGUACCGCACUACUUUUCUGGAAAGAACGUAUGCUUCGUGCAGACAACACAACGGUCAUCGUACUGGCGCUGCAGGAGCGUAGUGGCCCGUCCAUCCCCAUGCAUCGAGAUGAGAUCAUGGUGGACAUGUCGCAGGGAAUUGACCACAUUCCCUUUCCGGGGACUCCGUACAACACGUAUGAGAUUCCCAAGCGGCACGAAGCCGAGAAUGCCUCCUCUCUACUUAAACACCGAUCGAAGAAUCUGGAGCGGGCAUUCGGACUGUACGAAGCGGCUUUCUGCGCCACCGCGCACGUGUCGCCGGACGCCGCGCCGGCCCCUUCGUUCAAAGCCUUCCAAACGCUAGACUCCGAGUCGAAAAGGUCUCAGCGCUCUCCAGACGUCGCGCCCGAAGACGGUCAGUCCCCGGACAAAAGUUUGCCUCAUAAAAGCCCUCGCGGCAAAAGCGAACAAUCGUGCGAAAUUUACAAGCGGGAGACCGACGACUCGGCCGCGCGGCAGAAACGGCAGCACAAGGCCUUCUUGUGCGUGUACUGA